AUGAAAUGCCGACGAGCGAUCCCCGUCGCGCUUCAACAUAAUUCACAAAUGUGUGCUUGGCGGAAUGGACACACUGAGUCAACCGAAAAUACGAUCGAUCGUGAUCAGAACACUGUAGCGUUCAAGAAGAUAGCUAAUGCAUCUUUGGAAUAUAGCGACCUGAUGAAGAAGACGAAUGGCAUCGGUGUCCUCGGUCAGGGUCAACGAAGCAAUGACGAUGCCGGCAAAUCAUGUUUGUUCGACCCCAUCUGA